AAGCGGUGUUGUUGUACAACUCCCAUUGCAAACUAUAUAUGCCUAAUGGAAGUUUACACAGCAGCAAAAGUGGCCUUCUAGACUGGCCUAUGAGAUAUAAGAUAGCCAUGGAUGCAGCUGAGGGACUCUCUUAUUACUUGCAUCAUGACUGUGCUGGACCCAAAGAUGUUAAGUCAAAUAACAUCUUGCUGGAUGGUGAGUUGCUGACUUCGGUGUUGCAAACGCGGUCGAUGCCAAUGCUAAGGCAAUCAAGUCCAUGUCUGUUAUUGCAGGGUCUUGUGGUUACAUGGCUCCAGGGAGGAUUCCGUUCUCAUACUUGGAGGAUAUUCAGAUGAGGUUCAUGAAGAACUAUGGUAAGGUGGCUUCUUAUGCUCCUGCCUAUUCCAUGAAUGAUGAAUUCUCAAGGGUCUUGCUGAUGCAAAUGGAGUUCUUUUCAAGUAAGUAAUCCAAGUGCAGAUACACUAAAUCGUGUCAGAGGAGAAGUUGGUGAGGCAAGUAUCUUUUCUGUUUACUUGCGCCAAAGCGCGUGAAGCUUAAGGAUUCUUUGUUUCAUCUUCAUUUGUUUUCCUUUUUAUUU